AUGGGUAUCGACUUGAACUCCCACCACGUGCGGAAUUCGCACCGCAAAGCGGCGAAGAGCGACAAUGUCUACGUUAAGCUGCUCGUGAAGCUUUAUCGUUUCCUUGCCCGCCGAACGGACUCCUCCUUCAACCGAGUUGUCCUCCGCAGACUCUUUAUGUCCCGCAUCAACCGUCCUCCGAUGUCCCUGUCCAGGAUUGUGAAGGUCGCUGCCAACGCCGAGACUGGCAAGGCGCAUGAGGGGAAGACCGUCGUCAUCAUCGGUACCGUCACCGACGACGACCGUCUCCUAGAGCUUCCCAAGCUCACCGUUGCCGCCCUCCGAUUCACCGCUACUGCCCGCGCACGAAUCGUCAAGGCUGGCGGCGAAUGCCUGACCAUCGAUGAGCUCGCCACGCGAUCUCCCACCGGCGCAAACACCCUGUUGUUGAGAGGACCCAAGAACGCUCGGGAGGCUUUCAAGCACUUUGGUUUCGGCCCGCACACCAACAAGAAACCCUACGUCGAGAGCAAGGGAAGGAAAUUCGAGCGCGCCCGUGGCCGCAGACGAUCGAGGGGAUUCAAGGUCUAA